AUGGGAGAAAUACGAUCACCAACAGAAUUAGAAAUCUACGAAGAAGUCGGCCGAGGCGGAUUUGGAACCGUCUAUCGAGGUCUCAUCAAAUCCACCAACCAAGAAAUCGCCAUCAAACAAAUCGAUCUCGAAAAUAAUGAUAUCAACGACUUACAAGAAAUCAACACCGAAAUCCAAAUCAUUUCCGAAUGUAAAACCUGCCCUCAAAUCACACAAUACUUGGGAAGUUUUGUAAAGAAUUAUAAACUUUGGGUAGUUAUGGAAUUCAUGAAUGGUGGAUCCCUUUUUGAGAUUCUCAAAGCCGGGAGAAUCGAUGAUGAACUGGUGAUUUCUAUCCUUGUGUAUGAGAUCCUAUGCGCUUUGGAAUAUUUACAUAAUCAGGGCAAGAUUCAUCGAGAUUUGAAAUCCCAGAAUAUCUUGUUGAAUAAAGAAGGACAGGUCAAAUUGACUGAUUUUGGGGUUUCGGCACAAUUAUCCUCGAAUUUCUCAAGGAGGAAUACCACCGUGGGGACUCCAUAUUGGAUGGCACCUGAGAUGAUUGUGAAUAAUAAGGGGGGACAUAGUUUCAAGGCGGAUAUUUGGUCUUUGGGGUGUUGUGCGUAUGAAGCAUAUACUGGGAAACCACCAUUACAGAAUAAAUAUCCUCCUAUGAAGGCAUUAAGGAUGAUAUCACAAUGUCAGCGAGUUGGGGAUUUUGUUGGAUUGAUUGAGUUGGGAGAAUUGGAUAUUUCGAAAGAGUUUAGCGAUUUUUUGAGUGUUUGCUUUGUGGAGAAUCCCAGGGAGAGAUAUUCGGCGAGUAAGUUGUUACAACAUAAGUUUAUAACGAAGUAUCAGGGGCUGGUUGGGGAUAAGACAAAGGCCAUUAAGAAAUUGAUAACGAAGAAACAAUUAUGGAAUCAGGACAAUCAUAUGGUAAAGACUCAAAGAUACUAUAUCCCAACUGAAUUACAUAAGAAUCAAAUGAAAUGGAAUUUAUCUGAUACUGAAGAAGGGGCUGGCCAGCAAGCAAAGAAAACGAUUCAUUUCGAUAUAAGUCUGAUCAAAUCUACAUCAACUGAAUCUCCCACUAAGGAGCCUACUGGUUCCCCAGAACCAUUUCCGGUUCAGCUACAUCCAACAGCAAUGCUCAAUUCUCCACCAUCUACACCUAAGCUCACCCCAAAACAAGAUCAAUUAUUUCAACUGUUAAAACCAGAAUUUCAUCGAAUCUUAUCUAAAGUAUUUACAAAACUAGAUACUCGAGCCAAUUUAACUACCGAACAAUAUGAUUUAUUAGUUUCAUUAAAUGAUAAUGCUAUGAAAUUACUUACAUUCAUUCAAAGUGAUGAUGAAUCUACAAAUCGAAAAGUUAUCAUUUUUCAAUUCUUGAAAUAUUUCUUAAAAGAAUUAACUAAGGAUAAUAAUCAAGAUCUGUCACAACGGUCAAUAUUACAGAAGUUGAUUAUUCCGUCACAUUUUACGGUGGGGAAGGUGUCGAAUACGAUGGUAUUGAGGCAUAAAGCUAGUGCUUCAUCUUAUUCGGGGACAUCGCCUACAGGGACAGUAUUUAAUGAGUUUGAUGAGAUUGAGAAUAGUUUAUUGAAUUCUUGGAUUGAUAGAAUGAGUGAUAAAUAG